AUGGCAUGGUUGAUUAUCCUUCUUCUCUGCUUUGGGAAUUCAAGUGCCCGAUUUUUGGAUGUCACCAAUAAAAGUAACUUUGAGCUUGAGGAAGGAGUAUUAAGUCUCCUCCAAAGAGUGCAAUUAGAAGAAUUCUACGACACCGUUUUGAUCUAUGGAAAUGAUUGUGUUUUCCAUACUGUGUCCAGACGUUUGAAUGUAUCCACCGUGCUGGUGUCUUCGGGUAGCACAAAAUUCGAUUGGGACUUUGGCAGUCUUACUCUGAUUCUAAGCUGCAGCCCUGAAGAAGAAAAAGAGGCAACUUUACGAACUCUUGUUAAAUUACAAAGAAACAGACGUUUGAUUUAUCAACAAAGGAAUAUUCAACCAGAUUCCAUAUGCAAAAGCUAUGCUGAGAAGGAACAAUUUAAUAUAGCCAUGGUGAAAGAUGACUUCGUUACGUCAAAAGUAGUCCACGCUUGUCGCUACUUUCAGGAACCAAACUAUGCAAUACUAAGUUUAAUGGAAAAUAAACCAAUCUACAUAGAACAAUUUCUAAAUAUGCAAGGAAAGCUUAUAAGAACAGCAGCUGAUUUCUUAGCACCCCGUUCUAUGCUGUAUAAGGAUGCUAAGAGCAAAGAAAUGAAGAUGAUGGGCUAUGUUGCCAAUUUGAUAGACACUUUCGCUCAGAAAGUCAAUGCAACUUUGCAAUUGGAGAUAUUGAGCAAUAAAUUCAUUGUAAGGGAAAUCUUCAAAAUGGUGGAAAGAAAAGAGCUUGACAUUGGCACGACCUUGGAUAGUUCUUUACGUACAAAGCCGUUAGAUACCUCCAGUUAUCCUUACAUACUAACAUCCUACUGUCUAAUGCUUCAAGUUCCAGCUAAGGUGCCAUAUAACGCGGUCUAUGCUGUGAUUAUGGAUCGUCUUAUUGUAGGAAUAACGUUCAUAGUGUUCUGCAUACUUUCUACAUUGCUUAUAUAUACUUGGAAAAUGUCCUGGCAGGACCUGAGCGUUACUAACAUCCUGCUAAACGAUAAGAGUAUACGCGGCAUGUUGGGUCAAUCUUUUCCCUUCCCCAACAAUGCCAACAAUCAUUUGCGGCUAACAGUUAGUAUAAUUUUCUUUGCCAGCAUCAUGAUUACCACCAUGUACGAGGCCUAUCUGCAAUCUUAUUUCACGAAUCCUCCAUCCGAGCCAGGAAUCGAAUCCUUCGAGGAUAUUGGUAGAAAUCAUCGAAAAAUUGCAAUGCCUGAAAUGGAGACUAAGAGCUUGAUCAAGACCAAUAAUUCAUAUUUCCAAGAAAUUCACCAAGGUGAUCUAGUAAUCUUCGAAAGUUUACCAGAAUGCUUCAAACUACGCGAUAACUUCAAUCUCAGCUAUAACUUUGCCGUAACAGGAGAUCGUUGGAGUUCCUAUGCAGAACAGCAAGCUCUGUUCAAAGAGCCAGUCUUUUACUUCGCAAGGAACUUAUGUUUUUCCCGAAUGAUCUUUCUGUCUGUUCCACUGCGUCCAAGCUUGCCAUAUCGCCAUCUGUUCGAGGAACAUAUUAUGAGGCAAUAUGAGUUCGGACUGGUGAGUCAUUGGAGGAGUCAUAGCUUCUUCGAUAUGGUGAGACUUGGCCUAGCGCCUCUCAAGGACCUCAGCCAGCCGAAAGUCUACAGUCCAAGCUUGCUGGUAGACGAUGUCUCAUGGGUAAUGAAAGUCUAUUUGGCUGCUCUUAUGUUCAGCGUUUUAUGUUUCUUAUUGGAAAUUGGAGUGAAUAAGUGGAAAUUUCGGAAUUAA